AUGUCGAUAACUUUAAUCGAAAAUUUAUCAAAUGAAUUUUUCUUUGAAAUAUUUGAAUAUGUUGGUGAUUGCGAAAUUUAUCAAGCAUUUUCAAAUCUAAAUUAUCAUUUUCAACAAUUAAUUAAUUCGUUAUUUCUUUUAUUAAAAUUUAAUUUUUAUCAUUUAACAUCUGAUAAUGUCUAUACAAAUACUUAUAAACAACUUUUACUUAAUAAUAAACAUCAAAUACUUUCAUUUCAUAUAACAUUACCAUUAGAAAAAGAUGACUUUUUGUCAUCAUUUUCAAUUGAUUCAUCAUUUGAUCAUUUGAUCAUCUGGAAUCACUUAUCAUCAUUGAUAUUUCAGAAAAUAAUAAAUGAUUUAAGUGAUGUUUAUCGGUUAAUUUUUACUUUGCCCAAAUUGAAAUAUAUUAAAUGUUCUUCAGAAAUAUAUGUUACAUGUGACUUAUUGCCGAUGACUACCAAUGAACAGUUCAGUAAUAUCGAAUAUUUUAUUAUUGAGCAUCCUUUUGCUUUUAAAGAACUUUGUACUUUAAUAUCUUAUGUACCACAACUUCGUCAUUUAACAUUUUCAGGUCUAACCGACGAGGAUAUUAACAUUAAAGUUAUUAAAUCAAUAACAUUAUCAAAUUUAACUCGUCUUUAUAUCCAAAUAGAUGAAAUACCAGCUGAUAAACUUGAAAUAUUUAUUAAUAAAUUAAAUGCAAAACUCAAAGUAUUAUCAUUAGGAUGUACAUCUGAAGAUAUUGAUUAUCUUAAUGCUAAUCGAUGGGAAAAUUUUAUUUUAAAUAAUUUACCACAAUUAGAAAAUUUUUAUUUUACAUACCAUGCAUAUUUUGGAGAUGAUGAUAUAUCUCCAAUGUAUUUCGGAAUUCGAGAUCAAUUUAUUUCAUCAUUUUGGCUUCAACGACAAUGGACAUUAGAAACUGAAACUGAAUUUGAUACAGUCCAAUAUUCAAUCCGUCCAUAUAAAAAACGAUGGUAUGAAUACGAUAAACAACAUAUCGUAAUAAAUCAACAUUCUAAACCAAUACGAUUGAUUAUAAAAGAUGUAUCUCCUGAAAAAUGGUUUAAAACAUUAUCGAUUAAUCAAUAUAUAGAUCAUGUAUUGGCUGUAACAAAAAUUUAUCAUUUAGAAAUUCAAGAAACAAUUUGUUUUAAUAAAUUAUGUGAAAUUUUAUAUAACUUACCUGAACUUGAUACAUUACGUAUUCAUUCUUUAUCAUUUUCAAAAACAGAUUAUUUAUCAGAUGAAGAACUCGAUAAUGUUAUUGUUUUAUUAAUAAAAUUUAUUUUAACACUUAUGAAAAGUGAAUCUUAUCAUUUAAUUCGAUUAUUAUGUUUUUCGAUUCCAACAGCAGAUGAUAAGAUGGUUAGAAAAUUAGAAACUAUAAUCAUUGUUAAAAAUUUACUUUGGAAUUGUAUGAUUAAACGUAUUGGAGAUAAUAUUUAUGUAUAUUGGAGAUAA